GCACUGUGGUAGUGAGUUUUUUUUAUGUUUUUGUUUUUGAGACAGAGUCUCACCCUAUCACCCAGGCUGACAGUGUAGUGGCACAAUCUUGGCUCACUGCAGCCUCUGCUUCCUGGGUUCGAGCGAUUCUCAUCCAUCAGCCUCCUGAGUAACUGGAAUUACAGGCACGCACCACCACGUCCAAUUCACUAUAUUGGUCAGGCAGGUCUUGAACUCAUGACCUCAGAUGAUUGCUUGCCUUGGCCUCCCAAAGUGCUGGGAUUAGAGGCGUGAGCCGCCGCACUCGAGCCUGUGGUAAAUUGUUGGAUUUGAAGGACUCAAGAGGCUCUGGUCAAUUCCAAAAUAACGCAGACGACUUCCAUCGCCUUCCUCCCAACCACUUUCAGCCCAAAGCAUAUUCGCAGGGAAUGGAUGGUGGUGUGGAGGGUGUGGAGGUGGGCUGUGGCUCUGGAGAGGGUCUUUGCAGGUGUGAUUUUCUCUAGAAGGAAAUGUCUCCUCGUGGACCCAGACUGCCCCCUGGUGGUUUCAAGUGCAGAAGUGACACUGUAGGCCAGAGGCGGCAGCAGUAAUGCAUCGCAGCCAUUUUAGGUGAGGAUUUCCUUGACUGUUAUUUGUUAAGUUCUUUGGCUGGGCCCUGGCCUGGGGGUACAAUGGACAGGUUUCAGGUAUUUUUUUCAGAAAGCUUCCAGUGUAGUGGAUACAGAAACUUGGGGAAGGCAGGGCUGAGAAGGAUCUGAGUAAAACUCGGUCCUUCAACACCAUCCUUCAGACCCUGGGUCAUGUUCCUUCGAGGUCCUGGUGGGAGGUAGACCAGCCUAGCCUUGUGCUCUUCCUGUAAGGAUAGGAUGGGCAUUUUCUACCAAUAGAAUUCUUGGAAUUUUCACACAGCCCAGCCUAGCCAAGUCCAGGGCUAUAGCCCAGAUAUACAUAAGUUAAGGUCCCAGCACUGGCACCCACCACAGGAGCCCCCUUACCUCUAUUACUCAGAAGCUUGUAGGAGGGGUGGUCCCCAGACAAGGACCCUGCAGAGGUGCAACCCUGCUUCCAUCCUGGUCAUAACUUUCACGUUACUAUUGCUUGGGAUAAUGUUAAAUAAAAAUAGCAGACACUGAGUUUUAAGUCUCAAGUGAAUGAAGGCAGAGAUUGUGAUACACUUGAGUUAAAGCAGUAAAGUUCUGUCAUUUUCUAUUCCUGUUGUAAACAUUUUCUUUAAUGUUAUUAUUUUUACUACUAAAUUAACGUGGCCUGGUCACGACCUUCAUUGGUAGAGUGCUGUUCCUCAACUCCACCGUUGCUCCUUUGGUCCAUUGAUCAUGAGAGCAUUUACCUGAAGGUCAUCAGACCUCGAAUGCCAACAGGUCAGAGGCAGUGGCCUGCAGUUACCACCCAGACUGUUCCAAUGCACAGAAUCGCUGUUUCCCCAACUCAUCUCCCUUCACCUAGGCUGCAAAUUGGAGAGUCCCACCCCUGAGCGGAACACAGGCAGCCUUGUGUGCUGUGCACCGCCAGGGGGUGGGGAAGUUCCCAGAUUGACUUCCUGGCUCCAGUCAUCCUAGGAAAAGAGUUCUCCAGUCGCUCCCCACUCCCACCCCUUCCCAUUCCAGGAGUCUAUUAAGGAGGCAAAGCAGACCUAACGGGUAUCAAAGCAAAGGAGUGAAUGGAGACUGGGAGAAUCUUCAACCUCCCCUCUCGGUAGGAGCUGAGGCUGCAUACCAGACACACAGUAUGUCGAUUUCCAUUUCUUCUUUUGCGCUGGGCCCAACAAAUGUUGGGGUGGGCCUUGCCCUAACCUGCUCGACCCUCAGAACCUCAGCUUCCUUUUCCGGAAAAAGAGAACACUCCUGCACUCACCGAACUGGGAUGGACCCGGCACCUGGUGCAUAACGGGUUCUGAGCUGCAAGGGAGACGAACGUGUUUGAGGCUCAGGGGAAACGCUCCAGCCUUUGGAGGUGUGUGUGCUUGCGUGUGCCUGUGUGUGCCAGUGUGUGCAGUGGGGAUUAGCUCCAACUCUUGCAGACACCAUCACGCAUGACGAAGCUGCUUCCCCUCACGCGGCCCAAGGCGCACACGCGCGAUCCACGGCCACGCCCGCACACACUCGACACACACAGGGCAUUCGAGGGUCCGGUUGCCAUGGCAAGCAGGAGCGCACUCGGCGGCCAGCUGUCUGACGUCACCAAGCACGGGGGCUGGGGCUCGGGGCUCGGCUCCGGGAGAGCUCGGGCGGGAGCCCAGAGAGAGCCGCACGGGGACCUCAAGCCAGACCCCAGCGUCCCGCCGCCACCUCGGCCCGGGCCCGCCCCGCCCCGGCCCCGCCCCUUUCCAGCCCGCCCCACCCCCUCUACGCCCCUCCACCCGGACCCCGCCCCCUGGGCAGCCCCCCCGCCCUCUCCGCCCGGGCCCCGCCCCCUUCCCCUGGCCCUCGCCACCGGUCCAGGGAGGGGACGGCGGGACAGGCGGGACCGGUGGGACCAGCGGGAGGGCGGACAGGGCGGGGACAUGGCCGCGGCGCCGGGAGGGUCAGCGCAGCCCGCUGGCCCCGGCGCGCGCCUGGGUUUCAGCACCGCGGACAGCGGCGUCGGCAUGAGCGGGCUACAUCCCGGCCCCGCUGUGCCCAUGAAGGACCACGACGCCAUCAAGCUCUUCGUGGGGCAGAUCCCGCGGGGCUUGGACGAGCAGGACCUCAAGCCGCUGUUCGAGGAGUUCGGCCGCAUCUACGAGCUGACGGUGCUGAAGGACCGGCUCACCGGCCUCCACAAAGGCUGUGCCUUCCUCACCUACUGCGCCCGGGACUCUGCUCUCAAGGCCCAGAGUGCACUGCACGAGCAGAAGACCCUGCCAGGGAUGAAUCGUCCGAUCCAAGUGAAGCCAGCUGCCAGUGAGGGCCGAGGAGAGGACCGAAAGCUGUUUGUGGGGAUGCUGGGCAAGCAGCAGGGUGAGGAGGACGUCAGACGCCUGUUCCAGCCCUUUGGCCACAUCGAGGAGUGCACGGUCCUGCGGAGUCCUGACGGCACCAGUAAAGGCUGUGCCUUUGUGAAGUUCGGGAGUCAAGGGGAAGCUCAGGCGGCCAUCCAGGGUCUGCACGGCAGCCGGACCAUGGCGGGCGCCUCGUCCAGCCUCGUGGUCAAGCUGGCGGACACUGACCGGGAGCGCGCGCUGCGGCGGAUGCAGCAGAUGGCCGGCCAACUGGGCGCCUUCCACCCCGCGCCACUGCCGCUAGGGGCCUGCGGCGCCUACACCACAGCGAUCCUGCAGCACCAGGCGGCCCUGCUGGCCGCGGCACAAGGCCCAGGCCUAGGCCCGGUGGCGGCGGUGGCAGCCCAGAUGCAGCACGUGGCGGCCUUUAGCCUGGUGGCUGCUCCUCUGUUGCCCGCGGCAGCCAACUCCCCGCCCGGCAGCGGCCCUGGCACUCUCCCAGGUCUUCCGGCGCCCAUCGGGGUCAAUGGAUUCGGCCCUCUGACCCCCCAGACCAACGGCCAGCCGGGCUCCGAUACGCUCUACAAUAACGGGCUCUCCCCUUACCCAGCCCAGAGCCCCGGCGUGGCUGACCCCCUGCAGCAGGCCUACGCUGGGAUGCACCACUACGCAGCAGCCUAUCCGUCGGCCUAUGCCCCAGUGAGCACAGCUUUUCCCCAGCAGCCUUCAGCCCUGCCCCAGCAGCAGAGAGAAGGCCCCGAAGGCUGUAACCUCUUCAUCUAUCACCUGCCUCAGGAGUUUGGUGAUGCGGAACUCAUACAGACAUUCCUGCCCUUUGGAGCGGUUGUCUCUGCUAAAGUCUUUGUGGAUCGAGCCACCAACCAGAGCAAGUGUUUUGGGUUUGUUAGUUUUGACAAUCCAACUAGUGCCCAGACUGCUAUUCAGGCAAUGAAUGGCUUUCAAAUUGGCAUGAAGAGGCUCAAGGUCCAGCUAAAGCGGCCCAAGGAUGCCAACCGGCCUUACUGACCUGCUUUCACCGACCAGCCACAGAAAGAAACGGAAGAGUGAGAAGAAAGGAGAGGAAAAGCACAGAAACGCUUGAGCAGCCCUUCCCAAAGGAGCAGCUGCGGACAGACGGAGGUGGAUCGGACCCAAGGCUGGUGCCUGGGGCUAAGGCCACUCUAAAGAUUGUUUUUAUCAAGUGGGUUGUUCUGUGCCUGCAGCAUAGAGCGCAGGCUGGCAGAGCAACUAGGGCUGGUGAAGAGUGACUGUCCAGGGGAACCAGCAGAGGGCGUUGGGGGUGCCAAGGGCUUCUCCGCAAGGGAAGCCCAGAUUCACUUCUUUCAAAAUCAUAUCAUUCCUUAGAGUUUAGGGACCAAAGGACUAUUGCUUUUUUAAGAAUAUAUAUAUCUAUAUAAAUUAAAACAAAGAAAGAAACAAACAAACAAAAAGACAAACAACAACAAAAAAAGACAGUAUAGAGUCUCAUAAAAGCUGCCUUUAAAUAUCCCUAGGAGACAGGGUGAAGGAGACCCUUGACAGCUCCAGCCUAGGCAGAGGGAGGCUGUGGAAAGAUUGUUCUGUGUCUCAUUCCCUCUGAAGCCACUCCCCGACCCUUCCCUUUUAAAAAUAAUUAAGGAUUUGAGGUCUAGGCUCAUAUGCAGGUAAUGAGAAAGUUAUAGAAGCAGUGAACCCACAAUCCACAAUCCUCAAACUCAGAGUGCAUCCCGGAAGAGGCCCCAGGCGGAGCUCAGGUCCGCCCUGGCCUUUGCCAUCCCAGGAGGCCCCCUAGCCAGCAGGAGUGGGACUGCCUUUCCUGUGGAACCACUGCUUCCCCAGGCAGGAAGAAAGAGGGAGUUCUGGCCACCUGAGCCUUUCCCUUGCCAAUCCAGGUAGACAGAGGCCCUGCCUUUGGCUGAGCUGAGACACCUCUUGUUUCCCUUCCCCUUGAACCAGUCCCAAUGUCCCCUUGCUCCAGGCUACCUUCUGUCUCUUAGUCUAAGUUUGCCCACCUGUAAAGUAGAUUCAGGAUAUCUGUAGAGGGCUGUGACAACAGACUUGGAAGGUUUGCUACUGUAUAUACUGCCAUUGAGAAGGGGAAAUUUUUCAACAUGUAGAAGCUUCAGAAUUAGAGGUCCCUCUUUACCCUGGACCUGAGAGGGAAGUAGAUGUUUUGUCAAAAUACUUCUUCAUUCCUUUAAAAAGUACAUCUUUCCUAUGCAAGAGUGUCUCACAUGUGCUUAACCGAGGUGCUUCUAGUUGGUGAGCAGUGUUGAGCUUAGAAGUGGUGUGUGCUCUGUCUGUCUGUCUUUGUCUGUCUGUUGUAUACAGUGGGUGCCAUAUAAAGCUGAUCAAUGGUGGUGCUUCCUGCCUGCUUCUGUGAGAUGGGCAAAAGAUUCAGCUUAGAACACCAUGACUCACCUUGCCUUGGUCAGCCUUUCCUGGGCCUGUAGGGCCUUGCACAUAUUUUUCCCAGGAGGAUUUCCCCUCCACCCCACAGACAUGGAUCAGCUUAGUCUAAGGCCCCAGCUGUGUGGGGUCACUCUAAUCCCCAGAUGUUGCUGAGGCUGAAGGCCUCUGAUCUGAUAACAUGUCAUAUAGUAAAAGAUGUGGGGGUGGGGUUGGAGGACUCCUCCUUCAUAACAGUUUCUAAGAAAACUUGUUCCCACCUGUU